UUCAGCUUGCCAUUGCAUCAAUCAAACCAAAUUACAAUCCAAUUGGCAGAAAAUUCAUCCAAUCUUCGUUCGUCGCGAGAGAGAGAAGAAGAAGAAGAAGGAACUGUAAUCCGAUAUGUCUCGGAACAUUUCAUACAUGACUGGCACUCAGCUUCUCUCCUUCAGACGCCGCCCAAAUAUCGCCAUCAUCGACGUUAGGGACGACGAGAGGAGUUAUGAUGGCCAUAUUGCCGGAUCUCUGCACUACGCUAGUGACACUUUCUCCGAUAAGAUCUCUAAGCUUGUUCAAGAAGUGAAAGGGAAAGACACGCUUGUAUUCCACUGCGCUCUUAGCCAGGUUCGUGGCCCAACUUGUGCAAGGAAGCUUGCCAACUAUCUUGAGGAGAUUAAGGAGGAUGUUGGAAUAAAAAACAUCUGUGUUCUUGAACGCGGCUUCAACGGCUGGGAAGCGUCUGGGCGACCUGUUUGUCGUUGCAACAACGUGCCCUGCAAGGAGGAGAUGUAGGAUUUAUAAAUCAUCAAAGCUCAACAUGGUUUCGAAGAACUUAAUCAAAUGGCCACUGGCGAGCCUUUGCUAACCAAGUAUAUGGGGAUCGACCAUCUAAUUUCGAUAACGAUAUCGUAUGACAUUGUUUAAACGAAUGCGAUUUUCAUAAAUAUGUGGAAUGUCAUAGCUGUAUUGUAUGUAUCCACUUCUGAUCAACUUGGCUAUUAUGUUGCUGGAUGUAUAACUUUGGAGUCUGGGGUUAAGAAUACAUAUAUGAUUGUUGUUAUGUUGGUGUCUUUUUUUUUUGCUCCUCAAGAUGUAUAGUUGCAUUUAUAAA